CCGACACACACACACACACACACUCACACUCACACACACACACACACUAAGGAAGCAUCCUGUGGGGCGGGCGCACGACAUGGAUUAAUAUAAAUACUGGCCGACUUCCUCAAUCUCAACUUUACUGAAGUCACAAGGACUGUCCUCAGUGGCCAAAUCAAAAAUCGCCAAAAAACCACGCCAAUAAUGUCUUGGGACGCGUAUAUUACGAGUUUGAUGGACGAUGAAACAAUGGACGCCGCUAUCGUGGGGUGUGAAUCCGGAAAAGAAUCUGUUUGGGCGUCAAGCAAAUGUGGAACCUUGUCAUGCAUCACGCCAGACGAAAUUCGCAAGAUAUCGUGCAAUGAUCACAGCCCCAUGUUUAGUAGUGGAGCAACCUUAGGCGGUGUGAAGUGCACACUGCUGAGGGACAAACUGCAUGUCGAAGACGAUAACACCAUGGAUUUGCGCAGCAAGGCAUCGGACCAGGACCAAGACACCUACAACAUCUGCAUCAGCAAGUCAAACAAAGCUUUGGUCAUUGUAAAAGGAAAAAAGAAUGUCCAUGGAGGCAAAAUGAACGUAAAAGCUUUUGAUAUGGCUAAACACCUCAAGAAAUCUGGCUACUGAUUCCAAUCCCACCCCACUCACAAAAACCUGCUUUCGGAGAAGAUUCCUGUAUUCCCCCUUUCCCAUCUAUUUGGUUUGAGUUAUGUUUUAGUCUUUUAGGUUUUCUAGCUUUUUUUCCUUUGGUCCCUUGGAAAAAUCACCUAUACUGGAAAAUAAAAAGAUGGAAUCUACUAAAAUUA